CUGUUUUCUGCUGCUCUGAGGAUGUUUGCUUCACUUUAAACCCCCUUUUUAAUGUCUUUGUGUAAACGUCUGUGAUGGGUUCACGUCCUCGGCGCAGCCUGCUGUGAGCACAGCCUCCACCCAGGACAGAUUUGUGAUUAAAUGUGUGAACAAGUCAGGGGUUGUGGGAGAAAUCAGAGAAGAAAAAGGCGUAUCUUAACAACUAAAAUCCUCCUGCUGACGCUCCGUCCCUCCCCCCAGUCUGCCUGCAUGUGGCUUCCGCGGGGUCUCACUGAGCUCACAAAGCCUCCACAGGGAGCGUGAGGAGCACAGAGGACUACCACAGGACAGACUCCGGCGGGUCUCCGUCCUCCGUUUCCUCCUCCAGAGUUUUUGCGCGCCGCGGAGAGAUGGGAGCGAUGCGCCCGGAGAGGAGCGCUCUGCCGCGGCUCUGCCUCCUCCUCCUCCUGCUGCUGCUGCUGCUGGCCUUCUCCGUGUCCUCCUCGGCAGCCUGGGACCUGGUUCUCCUCCACACCAACGACGUGCACGCCCGGGUGGAGGAGACCAACGAGCACUCCGGGAAGUGCAAGAGCAGCAGCAGCGGGUGUUUCGCCGGGGUGUCCCGCAGAGCCACGAUGAUCAAGAGGAUCCGCAGCUCCGAGAGCAACGUGCUGCUCCUGGACGCCGGAGACCAGUUCCAGGGGACCGUCUGGUUCAAUUACUACAAGGGGGCCGAGGCUGCUCAUUUCAUGAACAAACUGGGUUAUGAUGCCAUGGCUUUUGGAAAUCACGAGUUUGACAACGGAGUGGAAGGACUCAUGAAACCGUUCCUGGAGCAGGUCAAGUUUCCUGUUCUCAGCUGCAACAUCAAACCAGAUCAAACUCUGGCCCCGACGUUUGGCAGCUCGUACCUGCCCUAUAAGAUACUUCUUGUUGGCGGUGAGAGGGUGGGCGUGGUGGGCUUCACGUCACAGGAAACCCCUGCUCUGUCCAAACCUGGAUCACACCUGAAGUUUGAGGACGAGGUGGAAGCCCUGCAGCUGCAGGUGAACAAACUGCAGACGCUGGGAGUGAAUAAGAUCAUCGCUCUGGGUCACUCCGGCUUCACCGUGGAUCAAAAAAUUGCCAAGAAGGUCCGUGGAGUGGACGUGGUCAUCGGUGGACACUCCAACACUUUCCUCUUUACAGGAUCUCCUCCUUCCUCUGAAGUGCCAGCAGGUCCUUAUCCACUGAUGGUGAAGGCAGACGACGGGCGGCAGGUUCCUGUUGUGCAGGCCUACGCCUUUGGAAAAUAUCUGGGUUACCUGAAGGUGACCUUUGAUGAUGCCGGAAACGUAGUGAGGUCAACAGGAAACCCCAUCCUAUUGGACAGCAGCAUCCCACAGGACCCAGAAGUUCUUGCCGACGUGGACGAAUGGAAAAAGAGUCUGGCCAACUACUCGGCUCAGGUGGUGGGAAGGACUCUGGUCUUCCUGAACGGGACCACUGAAGAGUGUCGAUUUCGGGAAUGCAACCUGGGAAACCUGAUCUGUGACGCCAUGGUCAACAAUAACAUCAAAUUCCCAGACGAUGUCCAGUGGAACCACGUCAGCGCCUCCAUCCUCAACGGAGGAGCCAUCCGAACGUCUGUCGAUGAACACAGCAGAAACGGUCUGAUCACCAUGGAGGACCUGAUCUCCGUCUUACCUUUUGGAGGAACCUUCGACCUGGUGCAGCUGAAGGGCUCAACACUGAGGAAGGCUUUCGAACACUCAGUGAGGCGAUACGGGCAAAGCACCGGAGAAUUCCUCCAAGUGUCUGGAUUUCACGUGGAGUUUGAUGUCUCCAAACCUCCGUGGAGUCGCGUGAGGAGCCUCCUCAUCCUCUGCACAAAAUGUCGCGUUCCUCACUACGAGCCCGUGGAGAAUGAGACGGUCUAUACGGUCGUGCUGCCUUCUUACUUGAUGACGGGUGGAGACGGAUAUUCUAUGAUCAAAGACGAGGCUCUCAAACACAACAGCGGGGAUUUGGACAUUUCAGUUGUGUCCAACUACAUCAUGCAAAGGCGGCAAGUUUAUCCAUCUGUUGAGGGACGCAUCCGGAUCUUCAACUCGGCUCCUGGACUGCAGGGACAAACCUCUCCGCUGGUUUUACUGGUUUCACUGGGGCUGCUGUGGACUGUGUGUGGGAGCAUGUAAGGCUGACUUUACCCAGAAACACAGGAGGACAGAAAGAGGAUUUUAAUCAACAGCGCAGAUGAAUGUGAUUGUACAGAACUGAAAGUAUGAUUUGACUUUUAAAACAAAAGCUGAGCUCUCAUAGCAAAAUUCUCCCCAAAAAGAACUGACGGUGAAUGUGUGGAAACUCAGUGUGGGCCAAGUUUGGAAAAAAAUCUGCAGACUGUGUUGAUUUGAGCAGAAAAUUCUCAAAUUUGUCUCCAGAAUGCAAAUGAUUCCCUUAAAACUUCCGUUACUUUCCACAAUCAGGGUGUCAGAUUUGACUUGUUCAUUAGACUGUACGAAACAAUGAGCGGAGCCACUGAGACGUCUCCCGUGGGUUUCCGAGGAGCCCGACGUGUCACAGAUUCAUCGUAAAGGAUUUAUUAUCGAGUUUCAGGGACGUAGUGCAGUUCAGGGACGUGAAUGUCGUGCGGUUCCUCGUUAAAACGGCUAACAGUUAGCCUCCAAGUUAGCCCCGCAAAAGAGUCUCCCACAUGCAGACACUGAACGUGAUUUACGUCGUGUGGAGUUUGGCAGCUUUGACCCCACAGUCCUCAGCUCAGCUUGGUUCUCUGAUGACUUCAGACUCAGAUAUCGGAUGGCAAAACUCCCUCAUCCAGUGUGAAGAUGCAGUGUGAAGUGAAAGACGAGAGUCUCAAAUUCAUGUCUUUGUUGGGAAAAGUCGGCUGUGACGGCCUCGCAGAGCAUCUUCUCAUCUACUCUGACACACUGAUACAAGCUGAUUAUAAACAGCAAAUUUAAUAAGAAACUGAAAAUAAUAAACUAACAGCCCAAUUCGGACAAAUAAAUUUAAUAUGUGGCCCCCGGUGCGUCUGCUUUAAUAACCUUUGGACACGUCCACGUCAACGUCCCCAGUGAGUGCGUACUCUUACUGGUAUUCAGUACUGGCAAGUACCCAAAUGUGAGUACUUCUGUGAGCACUGGUCAGAAAAAAAGUGGUAUUAGUGCAUCCUGAAUUGUCUGCAAGUGAAGUAAUUGAUCACUGUCUCUGUUAGAGCCAGAUUACCCCAACUGUUUGUUCAAACUUCGCAGGAAAUUAUUACGAAUGUCCCAUGUGGUGUUUAUGAAGUAAUGCUUACAAUCACAAGAAGGAAAGCAAACGAGUCUGCUGCUUUUCAGUGGUUGUGUGAACAUCUUCAGUCAUGCUCAUUUGUAUUGUUUUCUACAAGGAAGACUUUUCGCCUUUGAAGAAUUUUGAUGUGAAAAGUACAAUUUUAAGUGCGUGGAGCAAUAAAUCUGACGUCUGAUCUUCA